UAAAAAUCAAAAAAAAAGACGGAGCAAUUAAUUUCAAUUUCAUCCAUUCAAUCAACCGAUUCAACAGAUGAACGAAUGAAUACAGGACAACAAAAUCGAAUACCAACAUUUCCUAUUUUAGCUAGACAUGAUUCCAAUUCAUCAACAAGACGACGAUUACAACGAUUAUUACAACGUAAAAAAUAUGAAAAACAAAGAUUUUUAUUUCAUGCAUUAACAUAUCCAACAAAUCGUUGGGCAUUAAUAUAUCAUUAUUUUGUAUCAUCAUUAAUGAUAAUAGAUUUAGCAUUUCUUUCGUUAGCAACUGUUGCCGAAUAUUAUCAUUGGUCAUCGAUAGGAUUAAUAAUUACCGAUGGUAUUAUAUUUUUUGUUUUAAGCUGUGAAUAUUUUAUUCGUUUAUGGGCUGUACCACAUAUACCACGUUAUCGUGGAUGGCGUGGACUAUUACGUUAUAUAUUUACACCAUGUGCAUUACUUGAUCUUUUAGUUUUGAUUAUUACCGGUGUUUUAUUAGUUAAACAAGUAACAUAUACAAAACAUUAUCAAAAUACAUUUGAUUGGCUUCGUUUUGUACAGAUAUUAAAAUUAAUACGUUUAGAUAUACCAUUUAAACGAUGGCGUUUAGUUAUGUCGGUAAUUUGGAUGCAACAUCAACAAUUAUAUACAGUAUUUUAUGUUUGUUCAAUAUGUUUAAUUUUAAUAACAUUUACAAUGUAUUUUAUUGAACAAAAUGAACCAAAUACAAAAUUUACUUCAAUACCAAAAACAUUAUGGUGGUCAUUGAUAUCAUUACUCACUAUUGGUUAUGGUGAUAUGUAUCCACAGACUACUAUUGGCCGUUUUAUAGCAUCAUUGAUGUUUCUAUUUUCAAUAUCAUUAUAUGCUGUUCCAUCCGGUAUUAUUGCUACCGGUAUUGCAUUAAAAGUAGCCGAACAAAAAAGACAUAAGAAAAAACAUAUUAGACGAAGGUUACCAGCUGUAUUAUUAAUACAAUGGACAUGGCUUUAUUAUUGUACUAUUCGUUGUCGACCAGUAACAUUAUCAUCAUCAGCAGCAAUUCCAUUCUAUGAUAUUGAUACAUAUGAUAUUAAUCGUGAUGACGAUGAUGAUGAAGAUUAUAAUGUAAUGAGACCAAUUGUUCCAAGAAAUAGACAACAACAAGCAUCACCUGAUAAUGAAAAUUAUUUUUAUUAUAAUCGACGAAUACAGCCAACAAAAUUUCCAUUUACAUUUCGUGCUUUAUGUAAUCGUUUAAAUACACGUGAAAAUUCAUUAUCAUUAUCAUUAUCAGUUUCAUCAAUAUCAUUAACACCUACAAUACGAAGUGAUAAUGAUGAAAUACAAUUAUCUCAACAAAGACAACAACAACAACAACAACAACAACAACAACCUCAACAACAACAACCUCAACAACAACAACAACAACAACCGCAACAACCUCAAGAGCAAGAACAACGACAAUCAAAUAUUGAUAUUACAAGUUCGACUAUUUUUACAAAUACGAAUAACAAUAGCGAUAAUGAUAAUGAUAAUAAUGGUAAUAAUAACAAUGAUAAUGAAGAUUUAAAUAUAGAAAAUGAAAUCAUUUUAAAUGAUAAACAAUUAUUAUUAACAAGAAUGUUAUCAUUAUUACAAUUUCAAUUAGCAAGAUUAAGAUUUCAGGCAUCAAAUCCAUUUGGUGAUAUAAAUGAUCUAAUCGAUCGUCAUCAAAUGGUACAUGAAGAUCUUAUUAAACGAUUACAACUAGUAACUAAUCGUUUCAUAUUGUUAGAACGGAAACUUGAAAAAUCUCAACAACAACAAAAACAGCAACAACAACAACAGCCGCAGCAACAACAAGAUCAAGAACAACAACAACAACCGCAACUACAGCAACAACAAUAUCAGCCACAGCAACAACAACAACAGCCGCAACCAUAACUACAAUAAAAUUAAAAUAAAAUUUUUUUUAAAGGUCAAUUUCAUUGUCGACCUUCUUCAAUUCAUUAUCAAUCACUAGAAGCAUCCGUAGCAAGCAAUUAAA